AUGAAUCAUAACGCCCUUGUAAUCAUCCACCACGGACAGCAUCCCCAUAAGACAGCCUUCAAUCACCACCGGGGCAGCAAGGAAGAUGGGUGCUCAGUGGUUAUGGCUGUCGAACUUGGACAUUACGUAUACAACGAGGCCGACAACCAGCACACUACUUCUGAUUUCUUCGACGCUAAAGUGCUGAAGGAUGCUCUAAGCAGGGUGCUGGUGCCAUUCCAUCCCAUGGCAGUGAGGCUCGGGAGAGACAGCAAUGGGAGGCUCUAA